ACUGUCUUCCCGAACACUUGAACUGAUAGUAAUCUAGCAGUGAUUGUUUUUUUUUUUUCUUUCUUUCUUUAUCUGGGAAAUGGCCUUAUAAAUUAUCUUUGACAUCAUUCUAAUGCUUAUUAAUGUCAGAUGUGGGACCUCUUCGAACUGCAUGGGGAGAAAAAGGCUAGUAAGAGUAAUUUUUUCCCCGUCGAUUUACGUCAACUGGAAAAAUAAACGAAUCUUCCAGUUGAUAAGUCCAUUUGAUAAAAAAAUAACAGCAAAAUAUUACAUUUUUCUUGAAAGUUUUCUUUCAUCCGCACUGCUGCUCGAAUUAAGACAAAAUGAACUACUGGUAAUUUACUAGUAUUAAACAAAUUAGAGUUUUUUGAUAUUGAGAGCCACUCAUAAUUUCUCUUUCUACAAUGUUAACGCUGAGCUUUUGGUGAUGCUUUACGAUGGUGUUCCUAGUUGAUUUUCUUCCUAAUUCUCGAAGCACUUGUUCGUUUGAAUAAUACUGAUAUUUUAAGGAGAAAUUAGUAAGCUAAGUUUCCGUUCGUCUUUGGAGAAAAAGUCACUCUAGGAGACCAAUUGCUGCAUGAAGAAUCUCGAUCAAUUAAGCCUACUGUUAGAUGCUUCAUGGUGUUUAUUUUUCUCAAUGCAAAUGUCAGAAACUGACUUGCUACUGUUAAGACACCUUUGCUAGUUAAGAAUUUAACUUUUGUUCAAAUGACCUGAAAUAAUUACAAAGAAAGAGCACUGAAACAUUUUCCAUUUCAUAAGUCGGAGUUAUUUGAGGUGUUAAAAUAAUUAGGUAGCAUGAUGCCAUUGGCUAUCCGGGGUCGAAAAAUGCUUUUUGCUUCCGUAUAACCUUUAAUUUCUGGGCCGAUAGAAAAAAAUAAUUUCAUGCAAAUCUAAAAAUAUCCGACUUUUAAUUACUUUUGUGUGAAAUGAGAGUAUUUAUGUCUAUUUAUGGCUUUUAAUUAUCAACUCUCUGAUUUUUUUUUUAUUUUUUUAUUUUGCUGUAAAAGAUAACCUUAAAAUACCAGGAAUUUGCCAUUUUGAAAAUUGCCAUUAUCUUCUGUUUUAGUAAGGCCGAGCUAUCUAGUUUAUUUCUUGAAGUUAAUGAGUAAAAAUUUUAAAAUAUUUUCUGCUGAUUAUCAUGAAUAACAUAUUUGCUGUAAUCUGUAAUAAGUAAUGGUAAAAGGAAAGAGUGGAGGCCUGUUCGGUCCGCAAUCAUACGAGUGAUUAAUUAAGAAAACCGCACGACCGCGAAGCGGGAGUCUGAUAUGGUUAAUUCUCUCAUAAUCGCAAAGUCGUGUUACCGAAUCAUCAAAGCUAUAUCAAAAUUUGUAACAAAGAAACGAAAAGUUUAAACUUUUUGUUGAAAAAAAAAUCACGUAAUAAACUUAACAGGGGGGAAGGACCCCAUGCAGGUGCAAUUGUCAGACACGGCAGCCCGCGCAAAUGAAAUAAAUUGUCCAAUAAUUAACAAUUAUUCACCGAAAGGGAGGUAAAUAUCCACAACUUUCACCGACACCGAAGUGAAAAGUUGUUUUAGUACAUAAAACGCAAGUUAAAUACUCAGCCUCGUUUAUCCGAAAAAUUUCUCCUCGGUAACUGAAGCGAAACGAGAAGCCAUUUUGUUUGUUUACGUUUACUCAGAGUAAAUAGUACUUGCUAUUCAGCUCCGAGCUGGCCAAUCAGAAUACAUUGAAAGCAAUAUUUACUUGUGUGGUAUCCACUAACACCAGACAUGAUGCGUGAACUGUGCAAUAAAUGCUCUAACAUAAAGGCCUGCUGAUAGCCAGUUGGAUCUGACAAGUUUGUAAUAGUUAUCAACGAUGAAGAAUAUUGUUCUCUUGAGUUUUGAAUUCUAAAAUUUGAAUACUAAAAGUUUUGAAUACUAAAAGUUCGAAAUUUAUCGGGCAUUUCAUAUGACACUGAGUCAAACUUCAGAAAACCAUCGUCUCGUUUCGGUUAUUUAUAUUUUAUGCCAUUUUCACUCUCGCCAACUUAACUAAUUCACACUUUUUAGAGGGUCAGUGGUCGGCCACUCUUCCUCAGAAUCAAAAUCAUUAUCGUUACAUUUACUAUGAUGUGCACGAAUGAAUUUGGCUUCUCAAAAUCACGCUACCAAAAUUAAAUUGUCUUGAAUUUAUUAUUUUUAGAUAACUCCUGUACAAAUUAUGUCUGCAAUUACUAAGAAUUUAAAGCUUGAUUUUCAAAGUCAUAGACUUGUUUGUAGAACAAGGCCGGUUUUAGAAACAUCGAAUUCCGGGUCGUAUUGAGAAAGAACACAAACCCAUUGCACUUUUCACAAAUUGUAGGCAGCUAAAACACAUAAGGAAAUGAACGAUAAAACAAUAUUGCAGUAUACUAUGAAAAAAAUGAUUUUUAAACCGACACUGCACUUUCUGCUAAUUGGUAAAGAACAAAAGAUGUCAAUUUAGCUGUUAACCUGCGAUGAAAUUGAGGUGAUCCAAAAAACAUUUUUACUUACGAUUGUCAGGGCGUCUUUUAAAUCAAGUGAUUCGUUAUUCAAAUGUCGAAGAAAAAGGUUUGGUCGGUUUCCCCGCACCAGUUGGUGAUACCAACGUUUAUAUUUGAAAGCAAGGAGGUUGGGUUCCAGUUUCCAAGGAGCUCCUGGUGAAAAACAUUGCCGAAAAAAUGAAGGCACUAUAACUUUUUGCACGUUGGUACAAUGCUUUCAAAUUCUUUGAAAGACGCAUUUUGGAAUGGAUAUGGCAAUUACCAUUUCUCAAAUAAGGUAUUCUUAUUUCGUUGCACAACUUUAAAAGCUUUUUUAAUCUUUUUGGUCACAUAGAAGUCAAGAGAAGACGGUAUAAAAUUUUAUCACAGCUCCUUAGCAAAGUUUGUCGCGAUUGCUUUGUCUAUAUCCCUGCAAGUUAAUUAUUUCCGAUUAUGUCGUGCGAACAUCAUUUUGCAAAACUAUUGUAUAAAUUGCAUGUAAGACAAAGCUGAAGACUACGAAUCGGGUUUGCUUUUAAUGCAUGUCGAUGCAGAUUAUGGGAUGAUAAGGAAGGAAACUGGCAACACAGGGAAAUUCUUGCAAAACGUGAUCAUUAUGUUAGAGUAAUAAUAAAGUGAGUGACAUUUAAAUGAAUCAAUGGAUGUUAUGACGAUGAACGAUGGAAAGUCGAAAAUAUCCGCAGACAUUCCAUUUAGCAAUCCCACUUCGUUAGAAAAAUAAUACCACAAAUUUAGAACAGAAAUGGUUCAAGUAAACUACUCUAAACCUCGCUUAUUUAAACGAGAUCGCAAAUCGUUUUGCGCAACCAUACAAAGUACAAGCGAGAAGAGCAGCUGCUUUUCCAUGUUUUAUUGUUCUGAGUAUCCGCACUAUUGAAAUUGCAGUUGAAAUGUCAUUUCGAAUUCUAAUCUCGAGUAGGAGUCGAUUUAAAGGCUGAGUGAUGUCAAUCAUUCCACCAAAGAACUUGAUUUAUAAUAAAAUAUCCUUUAUGUUGCUGAGAGCACCUAACCGUGGGAGUGCUGUACGUUCAAGAGGCUUAAACUGACAAACGAAGUUUUAGCUAAGAGCUGACAUUCGGUAAAACCACAACAUCCGAUGUGUCGACUAUAGUUCAAUCAAUACCGCCAGAAUACAAUGUACUGUAAGCGUGUAUGAGAUACGAAAAUGUCAUGUACCCCUUGACAGACUUUCCUUGACUUCCUCCGUUAAUUAAAGAUCCGUACGCUUUCCGCAAACGAGUCAAAGAACGUUUUCAUUCAUAAUUGAUAAGGGUUCAUUUGAGACACGUUCUUGCAAACUGAUCCCUUGCAACGAUUUUACGAGGUGAAACUAAAGUGGCAAAUCGUGGUCUUUUGUGACUGAGUGGUGGCAGGAAAAACAAAACGUCAUAAUGUCGGCUGCGCUUAGUAACAACUCCAACACAAACUGCAGUGGAGAGAAUUGCCAACAAAACCAGCCAAACCAGACUGACAACACCGUCGACAUGAUCUUUCUUUGGCUAAUCAUUAUCGUUGGUGUUUUAGGCAACUCAUUGGUCCUUACAGUAGUAAAGAUGAUUCGCAGCAUGAGAACAACAACCAACUACCUCCUGGUCAACGUAGCUGCUGCAGACAUAACCACGCUAUUAUUUACGGCCGUCCAUGUUAUCAUUGGAAGUGUGAUUGGAAGUGCCGGCAGAUACCCUUCGUCGCCGGCACUUCUUAGUUUCCUUUGUAAGUUUAUCUUCAAUAACAGCAUCGUCAUUGUGACACUGUUAGUGACGUCGCUGACGAUGACAAUUCUGGCCUUCGAGAGAUACCACGCUCUGUUGAAACCGCUGACUAUGUCGGGUAGGCUCACCACCGGCAAUAUCGCUUACGUCAUUAGCGCCCUCUGGUUGGUUGCCAUAGCGAUGGUAACUCCGAUCUUUGUAACUUUUGAUUACGAUUUGGGAACGAGGCAGUGCCCUAAAUUUGUCAGCAACAAAAUGGUGAUCUAUAUUGACUGUCUGUUUGUCAUUCUCACUAUAAUUCCAUUUACUGUGAUCGCUUUUUGCUACUCCCAGAUCAUCUAUGGUCUUUACUUCAACAACACCAUCUGUAACAACAAAAGUGAGAGAGGCGACACUCGAGAGGAAGCGAAAGAAAAGAGAAGAUUGGUGAUCCUCCUCAUCUUGUUGACCGUGGUCUUUUUCAUAGCUUUUAUCCCGUACGGUAUUCUGAUAAUACUGAAUUUUAACAAGAUAAGAAAUACAAACACUCUUCUCCUGAAAUAUUCUGCACAGUACCUCACGCUACUGAGCUGUUCGGUGAACCCGUUCAUCUACGCGUUCCAAAGUUCCAGUUACAGGCGCAGCUUCGUGUUUCUAAUCAAGAAAAUAUUUUGCCGUGACACAACCGUGGACGCCAUUGAACUCCUUGAAAUGCGCACUCGUACUUCCCUGCGAAACGCGUGAUUCGCUGACAACUGCAAAGAUCGAUUGGUAUACUUCACACUGAGGCUGAAAACGAGAUGCACCGCAGCGUUCCUAGAGCGCUUUGCAGGUCAA